AUGAUCAAUCAUGAACUCUCAGAAGAAAAUAAACCUCCAAAAUUACUUUUAGUUUGGAGUAAAUGUUCUGAGUUUAGCGAAAUUGAUUUAGAAAAUAAAUAAUCGCCCAAAAUGGUAAAAUUAAGAAAAUUGUAUCUCAUAUUUAAUUAUUUUAGGAAUUCGACAAUUGAGUAUAAUGAGUAACUUCAUUAAGUUAUAAAUAGAUAUAUAGAUUUAGAUGAAAAAAAAGAAGAGAGUCCUAAAUUAGAAAAUUCUAAAUGGCAACCAUGUAGCUGUACAAAAACUAAUUGUUUGAAAAUGUAUUGUUCAUGCUUUCACAACGGGUAAACAUGUGUUGAACAAUGUAAAUGUGAAGAAUGUUAAAAUACUGAUGAUUAUCUAAAUUAACGACAUGAGGCAGUUGAGUAUAUUAGAAAAAAAGCAAAUCGAAAUAAAAAAGUUACUUAAGAGAAGUUAUUUGAAACAAAAGAUGUUUGGGGAUGUAACUGCAAGAAAACUAGAUGUCAAAAAAGAUAUUGCGAAUGUUUUAUUAGAUAAAAAACUUGUACUGUUGAUUGCAAUUGCAAUCAUUGUGAAAAUGGGAAAGAUGAGGAUUUAUUUAAGGAAAUAAGAAGAUAAAAUUAAUAACCAAUAUAAUUAAAAAAAAAGAGAUCUGAAAGAUUUCUUAAUAAUUGA